AUGCCCGCAGUAUACACCAGUUUGCGGCUCCCUAGUCCACCGCAAGUGAUUUGGGACAUUUUAACAGACUUUGAGCAUUACUCAGACUGGAAUCCUGUCUAUCAGAAGAUCUCUGGCGACCAAUGCAUAAGAAAAUGGGACCCCAUUAUAAUGAAAUGGUCGCCAAUAUGCAAUAUGCAAUGGCGAGCACGCCUUUUCAACCUCCCAGGUCUCUUUACUGGAUAUCACCAAUUCAUUCUACAACCUAGCGCAGACGGGUUGAGCACUGAUUUUGAACAUUAUGAGAUCUUGUCGGGAGUGCUUUCAUACGUUCUGAAAUAUGUGAAACCAUCCGUGUAUUCGGAUAUGGAAGUCGCAUUUGAUGCGAUGAACGAUGGGUUGAAGCGGCGCGCAGCAAGCUUUAGAGAGUAG